AUGUCAUCCCAAGUCAUCCUACCCUCGGAGACCAUCAUCCAACGAUAUGGUAGCUCCUUAGCGGGCAAGACAAUGACCGGCAUAUCUAGCGAAUCCAUCGCCGGCGAGCUCGCUAUCCAAUUGAGCGCUGCCGCUCCCCGUCUUCUCAUUCUCAGUGCUCGAGCCGAGGAAAAAGUCACCCCCAUCGCCGAGAAAAUCAAAUUCACAACACCCGAUGUCAAAAUCCGAUUUCUGGCAAUGGAUCUCGGAGACAUGAGUAGUAUUCGACAAGCAGCUGACACUCUUCGCGACGUUCCGAAGAUCGACCAUCUCAUAUGUGUUGCGGGUGUCAUGGUUCCUCCAUAUGGAACUACCAAGGAUGGCUUCGAGACGCAGUUCGGGGUGAACUAUUUGGCGAACUUUUUGUUGGUUAAACUGCUUCUUCCAAAGGUGAGGCCUGCUGGAGCCGAAUCGUCGGUUAUAAUCGUUGCAAGUAGUGCAGUUAGGAGUGGGAAGGUUGAAUUUGGGGAUGUUGGGUUCACUGAAGGCAGAACAUAUGAUCCUCUAGUGGCAUAUGCCCAGUCGAACGCUGCCCGGGUCAUGUUCGUGAAGGCGCUUGCGGAGAGAUUGGGAGAUCAGGGAAUCCGAACGUUUAGCAUUGAUCCUGGCGCCGUCCAAUCCGGUCUGCAACGUCAUUUCUCGUCGGAAUUCCAAGAGAUGGUUGCGAGACUCAGCAAUUCGGGUGGCCUAGUCGACCUUGAUGGUAAACCCAUUGAAUUGCCUCCCUGGACAACAAAGUCUGAAGGCGCCGCAACUGUCAUCACGGGCAUGAUCGACCCCACGAUCCAAGAACAUAAUGGGGCCUUUCUCCAUAACAAUGCAGUUGCCGAUGAGGAGUUGCAUAGUCAUAUUAUGGAUCAGAAUAAUUGGGCGAAGUUGUGGGAACUUAGUGAGCAGAUGAUCCAUGAGUCGUUUGCUGUUUAG